AUGAUUGUUGUUGUUAAUUUAUGUUUUAAAGGUGAACGUGAUGGUCCUUUACAUUUUGUUGAUUCAAGUAAAGCACCUACACCUGCAUCACGUUAUGGUGGUUAUUAUUCAAUAUAUCAUCCUCAGAAUUAUUCAGGAUCAAUAACACCAUUAAAUUAUCAAUCUCAUCCAUUUGAAAUGAUGCAUCUUGAAAGUCUAAGAGAAAAAUUAAAUAGAUUAUCACGUGAUAAAGCUGAUCUCGAUGAUCCAUAUGGUACAUUAUCGAAGCAACGAAGUACAGAUAUGGAUGAAGGACGAAUAACGCCAAAAGCUAGUUCGGAAUUUCCAUCAAAAAAAUCUUCAACAAAAUUAGGUGAUUUUGGUAUUGUUAAUAUUGUUCAAGAAGUAACACCAACAUUACCUGAUAAUCAACCAAAUCUAACAUUAAUUCAAUCAGAUAUAAAUGAAAAACCAACACCUACACAACAAUUAGUUGAACAAACUGUUCAAACACUAGAUGAUAUACCACCUAUACGUGCUAAUCAACCACCUGUAAGUGAACGUUUAAUAAAGUCGAAAAUAAUACCCGAACCAGCACGUGCAUUAGCUAAUGCACUUAAACAUGCUGUUGUUAGACCAUUAAAAAAAACGAUAAUAAAGAAAAAAUCUUUUGAUGGAAAUCUACCUGAACAACAUAUAACUCGUUCUCAUCCACCUAUUGUUCAUUCAUUAUCUCAACCAUCAUCAAUACUUAUUGAAAAUCAUGAUCAACAAUUAAAUGAAAUAUCGAUUGAUUCAAAUGAAUCAACAAGUGCAAUUACAUUAAUAUCACCAAUUAAACCACCACGUUUAAGUGAUGAAUCAGGUUCAUCAUCAUCUAUUGAAGUUAGUUCACCACCACCAGCAAAACCACCAAGACAUUUUUCUUUAUAUAAAAAUGACAUUGAUGAUAAUGUAAUACAAGAAACAAAUGAUGUUGUUAAAAAAGUUUUAAAUAUUGUUGAUACAUUUGAUAAUAUACAACAGCAAAAUAAUAAUGAUACAAAUAUUUUACGACAAUCAUUAUUAAAUCCAAAUCAAUCAAUUAAUUGUAAAGUAUCGGAUAGUUUAAAAAAUAUUGACACAUUUUCUGUUCAACCAAUAUCUAUUGCAAUAAAUACUGAUCUUCCAUUAAUAACAAAAUCUUUUGAUAAUAAUAUAGAUAAACCAAUGACAAUCAAAUCAUUUUCAUUGUCUACUAAACAAUCGAAUAGUUUAGAGAAAUCAAUAAAUGAAAUCAUUCCAAUUGAAAUAAGUCAAUUGGCCAAAGAAGUAACAGAAAAUAUUUUACAAGAAGUUGAAAAACAAACAAAAGUAACAAAUGUUGAUUCAACUAUAAAUAAUAACCAACAAAUUUUAUUUGAUAAACUUUCACAAUUGAAACAAGAACAAACAAAUAAAAAAUUUUGUGAUAAUACACCAUCAGUUUUUCAUUCUAAAAUUACAACUCACAUAUUACCCACUCAGACUACAUCACGUCCACUUGUGUUUGUUUCGUUGAGUUCUUCGUCUAAUCCUACUAAAACAAAUUUGCCAUUACUUGAUAUUGUUACAACAAAACCAACACCUUUAUUCACAACUUCAGUCACAGUCACGAGUCCAUCAACGUCUAUCCUUUCAUCAACAACAACAAUUACUAAUACUAACGAGGAAUUAAAUAACACAUCAACAUUAAUCUCUAAUAGUAAUAAAACUUCUAAUCAUACAAAUGUAUUACAAACUAAUAGUAAACCAGAUACUGUUGAUUCAAAUGAUCCAACAACACACGAUAAUACAAUAUUUUUACCACAAAAUGUUGGUAAUACAACAUCAAUUUGUUCGUUUCUAUCUGAUUAUGAUAAUUUACGUGGUUCGAACGGAAGUUUAAAUUAUGAUAAUCAACAAACACAAAUCUUACCAUCAAUUAUUCCUUCAUCAUCAGAAACCAUGUCAUCAACAGCAUCGUCAUCAAUGACAACAAUCUAUCAAAGUUUUGAUAAUUUUCCAUCAUUAUCAUUAUCAUCAUCAGCAACAAGUCCAACAUAUGUAUCAGCAGUUAGUACAUUUAAUACAGGUGGUACAACAACACCACAACAUUUAGGUUCUGAUAUAAGUGAUGAAGAACUUGUUGAAUCAUUUGAUAGUGAAAAUUCACCUCAAGCUUCGACGCCUAAAAUUGAAAUAAUUGAAGAUAAUAGCGAACCGAUUGAUGAAUGCGAUAUGACAUUUCUUACUGAAGUUCUUGCUCAAUACAAUCAGAGUCUUCAUCAUCAAGGUUUGCAUAAUUUCGGAACAACAAAUGUUCAAUCAUCAUUUGAUAGAGAAGCUACGCUUGCCAGCAAAGUAGAAGAAUCGCCGUUAUCAUCAUUAUCAUCAGCAUCAGAAUCAUUAUCAUUAUUAAUCUCUGUUUCUUCUGCUUCUUCCUCUACUACUUUUCCUUCUUUUCCUUUUCAUAUCACUACUAAAACAUCAUCUAAAUUUUCAUCGAACAUGCCAAAUAAAACUUCCAAUAUAACAUUUCAAAAUUUUAAUAAUAUUUCAUCAACAAUAACAAAUCUAAACGAAGAUAAUCCAAUAAAUAAUAAUCAACAAGAAAAAAAAGAUUCAAAUAUUAAUUUACAGUCACCAAUACAUCAACGUCGUUUACCAUUACCAGAUAAAUUAACAUUUGAACAAAAUAUAACAAAUCUUAUUGAAAAAGAAUCUCCAUUAUUACAAUCAGAAUUACUAACUACUGAACAUGAAUUAUCUGUAUUUCGUUCACGUUUAGCUGUUAAUGAAGGUGUUACAGCUGUAACAGGUACAAUACUUGAAUCACUUAAAGGACACUUUGAAUCGAAUCAUAAAACAGAUAGUACAACAUCACCGAUUGAUAAAUAUAAAACAAAUAUUCUUCAACAUUCUUUGUCUAUUCAAACAUCACCAAUUACAGAAAAAUUGCCAGAAUUAAUUGAAAUACAUUAUGAUGCUGAAUCACCUAAAAGUCCAUAUAUACUUGUUAAAGCAGUAAAUUCUUUUUGGAUUGCACAACAAAUAGAUGAUUCCGAAGUAGAAAAACGUUUAAAGAAAUUCUCAUCACCAGUUAUGAAACGUGCUGCUAUUAAACUACCGGAUGCAUUUCAUAUAGAUAAUUAUAAUUCAGAUGAUGAAGAAAUUUUUAAAGAAAAAUUAAAUGAAGAAACUCUUUCAUCUUUAAUUCCCAAAACACCAACAAAUAUUGACGAAGAAAAUAAACCUAAUGAUUUAAUAUCCGAAGAAAAUGUAAGUUCAACAACCGUUCCACAUGCACAAUUAGGAGAAAUGAAAAAAAUACAUUCAUCAUCAUUGCAUCAAGAUAAUGAUCAAUUUGAAAAAUUUGAUGAUAAAAUUGAUGAAAUUUAUUCAAUUAUUGAUUAUUUAAAACAUAAUAAAUUCACAUUAACUAUUUUAAAUAAUCUUCAUAUGAAAUUAAAUGAUUUAAAAUUACUUCUUCAUUAUAUUCAUUUAACUAAACAAGAUGAAUUACGUAUUGAAUAUGAAUUAGAUGAAUUAGAAAAUUCUUUUAAUAAAACAUCUAAACAUGAUGAUUAUAAUUUUAUUGAAUUAUUUGAACAAAAUCUUCGUGAAUUACAAUAUAUUGUUCAAGAAAUAAAAAUUUUCAAAUCUGAAGCACAAGAAAAUCUUAUAACACAAUUCGAACCCAUAAAAAAUACUAAUGGUAAAGAUAUUUUAAAUAAACCAUUAGUCACAUCAAAAACAACAUAUAAUCGUCUUAUACCAGAAAAUCCCGUUGUAACAAGUGAUAUCUUUUUUGAAAGGAAUAAAAUAUUAAAACAAAAAAAAAUUUCUCCAACAAAUCCUACUCGUUUAAUACCUGAAGAUGCUCGAAUAAGUGCUUCAAGUUUUUAUGAAGGUGAUAUACAUCGUUCAUUAUAUCAACAUGCAGAACCAGAAAAACAAAUCGAUUAUACAAAUAAAAAGAAAACUCUUAUACCUGAAAAACCUUAUAUAUCAUUUGAAAAUUUUUAUGAAGGUGAUCCACAACGUUCAAUGUUUAUUGAGCGUCCAUUAUUAAUACAUGCUGAAUCUUUAUCAUCAUCAGUAUCAUCACCAAUAUCAAUUGAUAAUCUUCGAGCAAUUAUGAGUGAUUUAAUGCUUGUUGCAUCAUGGUCAAAAAAACCAACAAAAAUAAUAACUCAACAAACAAAACCUAAUGUUGAAGUUCAUGCUGAAUCAUUUAUCACAACUGAAAAACGGCAUUCUAAAUUAUGCGAAAUUACACAUGACAUUGAAAGAUUCCCACUAUCACAUCCUUCAAUAUUAAUCGAAGAACAAGAUACAACAUUGCCAGAAUAUAUAGAAUUACAUGAAGAACAAAUUAUUGAAUCUUCUCAAAUGCCUGAACAAGAAGAAAAUUUAAAUGAUAUGAUUAUUAUUGAAAAACCUCUAAAUGAAGAUCAAUCAAAUCCAAUAUCAAAUGAUACUGAAUUUAUCAUUGUAUCUUCUCCAUCAUUCAAAGAAGACUAUGAACAACAAUUAAUUAUUAAACCUUAUCCUUCUGAUCAUGUGGAAUCAAAUAUCGAUGAAAAUAUUUUAAUGUCUUCACCUGUGAUUGAAAUUAGUACCGGACAAAUCGAAAAUGAUUCUUUUAAUAAUGAACAAGAAGAUAUCAAUGAAGAAAAUUUACAUGGUUUUCAAUCGGUUCCGUUCUAUAAUGAAGAUUAUAGAAAAUUAUCGAAUUCACCAGUAACAUCUCAUGUACAACGUUCAAAUAUUAUUUCUAAAACUAUAACAUCUUAUCAUGAUGAAGAGGAAAGACAAGAAGAAGAAGAUAUUGAAGAAAGUAAUUUUCGUCCUACACAUCUUGAUAUAUAUUUUGAAGAGCAAAUACAAUAUGAAAAUCUUCUUAUUGAAACAUCAAAUAAUCUUGUUGAACACAUUUUAAAUGAGGCUAUUUCAGAACUAAUUGAAUAUGAACAAAAUUAUUUAUAUUAUCAAGCAGCAGUUCAAAUUGUUAAUGAUGUUAUUGAAAAUAUUAUUCGAAACUAUGAUAAUGAAUUUAAUUUAAUUGAAUCAACAUCCAUUAGUAGUAGUAGUACAAGUAGUGAUAAUGAAAUAAAAGAAGAAAAUGAUGAAUAUAAUGAUGAAUAUUUAUCGUCAUCUGAUGACGAAGAAAAUGAGAAACUAAUUCCACAAAUAUCUGAUCAACCAUAUUUAUUUGUUUCUGAUGUAAUUACAUCAAAAUCAACUCAAGAACUUGGUAAUCUUAUACAAGAAUUACAAACACUUGAACAUAAAAUUGAUCAUAUUCAUUCAUUAUCAUCAUCAUCAUCUUCAUCAUCAUCAAGUUUAUCAGACAAUGAUCAAAUACAAUCAUAUGACAUAUCUAUUCCUCAAGUAGUUAAAACAAAAUCAAUUAAUGAAUUAACAAAUCUUGUUACUGAAUUAGAACAUAUUGAAGAAGAACUUGAAGAUAAACUUGAUGAACCAUUAAAUAUAGAUAAAUCACCAAUAUCAUCAAAAUCAUUUAAUGAACUUGGUGGUUUAAUUAAUGAAUUAAACGAUGUUUCAAAACAAUUAAAUAAUCGUAUACAUGAAGAAAUCUUUACCUCAACAAAUAUUGAAUCAUUAUCACAAGAUAUAGUUAAAUAUCGUCGUGAUUCACAAUCAAAUGGAACUAUUCCUAAUGCACAUAAAAAAGAACAACAAUCAUUAAAUUCAACAAUAUAUGAACAAGAUUUUGAGAGUAUAAAACCAACAUUAACUAAUGGUGUUGAUCAAAUUUAUGAUCAAUUACAAAAAGAACAAAUUGAAAAUCAAGUUGUAAAAGUUUUGGUUGAUAAUAUUCUUAAAGAAGCACUAGCUAUUAUGUUAUUCGAGUUAUCAUCAAAUGUAUCUCAGACAAUUGCCAAAUCUGUUCCAACAAUUAUCGUCGAUGAAUAUCCUAAACCAUGUCAUAAAUCAUCAGUAACAAGCAUAUCGGAUGAUUUAGAAAUAUCCCAUGAAGAAUAUGCAGUUGAUAGAACAAUAGAAUUAGCUGCACAAUUGGAUUACCUUCAACGUAUGUCACGUUAUGAAAAAUUAACAAAUGAACAAGAAAAAAUAGAAAAUUCUCCAAUUACUCAAGAAGAUUCAUUUAUUCAUACAAAUUCUAAUGAUGAUGAUGAAGAAUUUAAAUCAACCAAUGAUUUAAGUAUAACUCAUGAAAAACAUCCAUCAUCUAAUGAAAAUAAUCUUGAUAAAUUAUUAAUUCAAGCUGAAGAGCAAUCUCAGACAAAUAUUAUUCAUGAUUCAAUGAUAAGAAGUAAAGAUUCUAUAAAUCAACAUUCGACGGAUUCACUUGAUUAUCAUUCAACUGAAAUUGAACCAAAUCAAUCAUCUACUCAACGAACAACUAGUGAAAAUAGUCUUCAUAGUGCAUCAUCAAUACAUACUUAUGAUAGUCAUUCUUUAUCAACUUCCUAUUUAAUUGAUAAUAAAGAUAAUAAUCAAGAAAAUUUAUUUGAUUAUGUUAAAUCAUUUAUUAACAAACAAGUAGAAAUCGUACAUGAGACAAUAGAAGAUCAAAUUAAACAACGAACUAGUCAAUCAAAUAUAAAUGAUAAUCAACGAAUAGAUAAUAGUGAAAAAGAAUUUUUAACAAUACAACAACAUUUUCAAUCAGCUUAUGAUUUACAUGAUGAAGAAAAAAGUAAACUUGUUCGUAGUCCUGAACUUUAUAAUAUGAAAUAUGCUAUUAAACAUAAUCAUCGUGCAUUAUUAACAAAUUCACAAAUACAACAUCGUACAUUAUCAGAAUCAGCAUUAAUUACUGAUGAUUCAAAACAUCAAAAUUUAUCAACAAGUAAUCAAGUAUCAAGUGAAUUUUUAACAACAAUAUCGAAAGAUAAUUCAUUAGAAUCAAUGCAACAACAACAACGUAUUUCGACACCAUUUGAUGAUGUUAUUGAAAAAGAAUCAAGUCCAGAACAUUCAGAAUCAUAUAAUAUACCAAUAUCAGCUUUUUCUGAUGCAUUAGAACCAACUAGUAGUUGUCAACGUCCAUUAGCAUUUUGUCUAUCUCAACAACAACAAAUAAUAACUGAAGCAGAUUAUCAUAGAGUUGCAAAUGAUUUAGUAAAUCAAGUAUUACAAAAUGUCAUUACAGAAUUGACUAGCGAACAAGAUGACACAUCUACAAGUAAUAAAAGUGAUAAAUUAUCUUCAAGUAGUACAUCAUCUGAUAAUGAUGAUGAACUUUGUGAACAAGAUGAUGACAAUAUACAAAACUUAUUAUCAAAUUCAUCAAACUUAAAAACUUUUCCUCAUGUAUCAUUUGGAAAAGUCUUACGUCGUGCUCAAACUGAUACCGAACAUUUUGAGAUCAUUCAAAGUCCAAAUGCACGAAUUCCAUCACUUAUUCGUCGUAAUUCUCAAUCGGAUACUGAAACAUAUUUUCGUACAAUAUCAUCAUCAAUUGAUAAUUCUACACAAAUAAAAGCUCCAUAUGAUAAUUCAAGUUCGGAUGAAAAAUCUACAAAUAAAAAUUCUACACUAUCAAUUCAUCAAAAUGAAAAAUAUUCAGGUGAAGGUGAAGAAAGUAGUGCAGGACCAAAACGAAAUAUACAACGAAGAAAACGUUCAAAUGAUACAAUGAAUAUAAAUGAAUCACCUGGAGUAAAGAUCCUUCCAUUUAAAUAUGAAUUUAAUGAUAAUUUCAAACGACAAGACAGUCUUGAGUCACCAUCCAAAGAUUCAAAUGACAAAUUAAUUCUUAAAAUUUUACACGAAGGAAUACUUCGUACUAAUUUAAAAUCAUUUGAAACAGAUGUAGAUUUCAUGAAUCAACAAGAAGAAAAUGUUCAUGAACAAAUUUAUUCAUCAACAACUAAAAAACUUUCACCUUAUUAUGAUUAUGAUGCUGGAAGUGAAGCUGAACGUGAUGAUUUAAAAAUUUGUUCUUCUAAACAUAGUGAAUUUGUUUUACCAACAUUUCCUAAUGAAUUUAAUUAUAAUAAUUUACAAAAUUUUAAAUCUGGUAGUCGCCCUAUUAUAAAUGUAUCAUCGUCAAUAGAAUUAAAUGAAAUAUCUUCUUCGAUUGAUAUUGAUAUUAAAAAUCUUCUUGAUGAUUUAAUUGAAUCAAUAAAUGAUGGUUUACCAAUAUCAAUAUCAAGUGAACCAUUAUCAUCACAAUCAGAUGCAACAACAGUUAUAUUUAAUUCAAAUAAAAAUUCAAUGGAUGAUGAAGAAAAUCUUGAAAAAUAUUCUUUUGUAUCUAGUCAUGAUUUACAUCAAAAUGAUAAACAAUGUUUAACAAUACCAAUAUCAAGUUCAUCCUCAUCAUCAUCUCCAACGCAAUCUGUGAUAUAUUAUCAGCAAGAUCGUUCAGCAAAAAUAAGAAAUAAUUUAACUUCUUUUGUAAAUACAAAUCCUAAAAAACAAUCAUCAAUACCAUCAUUUUCGAAUAUGCAAUUAAUCAGUCAUAAUACUAAAACAAAAUUCCGCUCAUAUCCCGGUUCAUUAGGAGGUGCUCAUAUACCUCCCUCUAUCGAAUCUAUCCUCAACGAUUAUUGUUCAACGACAACAACAUCUACUACUUUUAAAAGUAGUAACUAA